UAUUUUCAUACUUCUGCAAUUUGAACCAGUGGCCGCUCUAUUUGUACUUCUCUAGAAUCGUUGCCUUCUCUAGUACAUUCGUCGACGAUUUUGAUCGGAUUGGAAGUUUGCCGUCGACAGUACUCGCAGUAGUAGUUGAGGUGCGACUGCGUUACGCUGCAAUCGUUAACUUGAAAUAAGGUGGAAAAUCUGAGCUUAAAGAAAUUCCUGUUGAAGAUUGAAGAGGCACGACACGGAUGGUGACCAAAGUUGCAGAUUGACUGAUAAUCAACAGGACUCUGAACCAGUAUACCAUGGUUCUUAUCUUCGGAUUCCACUCACUACUACAGACGCGAGGUUUAUGAUCCAUAAUCAAGUUCAGAAAACUCUCUUUGCAGGACUCCAAUAGCAGCAGCGACGACAAGAUAGAAAGCAGACUAUACAUUGGCAAUCUCGAUCUAAGAAUAUCCGAGGCUGCUCUGAUUAAAAUGUUUUCCCCUUACGGAAAGAUAAUAUCCGAGGAUUUCUUGUGGCACACACGUGGCCCGAAACGUGGUGAGCCACGCGGCUAUGCUUUCAUCCAGUUCAGCACUAAAGAGGAAGCUAUACUAGCCAAGGAGAAGAUGCACGGGAGAAUGGCGUCUGGACGCCCUUUAGUCGUCCGGCUUGCCAGCGAGAAAUACCCUGCCGAGCAACCGGCGAACUCUUACAAGAACGCCGGCGAAGGACACCGAUCUGGCCUUUCUUCCUCUGGCAGCGGACAAACUAGUCGAACUGCUAAAAUUGCUGCAAUAAAGAACAAGUUAAGAGCCAUGGAGGAAGAGGGCUCCAACAAUUCGAAAAAACAGAAGCAAUCCGGCGGCGAAGCGGGCUCCGGUGACUGA